CGAUCGCCCGCAACGCCGCUCGCCCGGGGCGCCGCUCUUUCUCUUUUCUCUCUUUUUCUCUGUUCGUCUGUUUCUCGCUGAUGCGGCCGCGCUGAGGCCGAUGCGGGCGCCGCCAUGCCGCGCUGCCUCAUGGCCAAGAAGUGGAAGGUGGCUCCGACGACUGAGCUGGCCGACGACUCCGACGAGGAGAUCGACGUGGUCGGUGAGGGGCGCGGCCGCAGCCCCGCGCCCGCUGCUACCGCGCCGGGACCUUCGCCCCGCGAUCCCGAGCCCACGCUACUCUACAACGGCUACACUGAGGAGCAGCCUUCCACGCAGUUCACCGCGCAGCUGCCGAGCGAGGUGAGCCCGGCUCUCUCCGGCCCCUCUCAGCCGGCGCCUCAGCCUGUCUCCUACGCACUUCUGCACCUCUCCUCCGACUCGACAGAUCCACCUUUCCUCCAAGUACAACUCCAGUCUUCACCUGUCUCCCCUCCUCCGCCACCGGCGAGCGGCAAAUCCAACUCCAUGUGCUAUACUAGCACGGGCGCUCUUCUAUCUCUACCACCGAAGAAGAAGGAUAUUUACCGCCCCUACUGUCUCGGCGAACGCGCAUACCUUCAUCGAGCGGAGGAGGACCUCAAUGCAGCCCACGCCAUCCUUGAUUUAAGCCAGCACGCCGUUUUCCUUACAACUCCACCGCGCAUCGAACCCCAAGCACCUCCCGAGCAACCGCCACCACCACCACCCGAACCACAGCAGGAGUCGACAGAGCGUCCCAAAGAGACUGUAGCUUACACCUACGAUGCUUUUUUCGUAAGCGACGGCCGAUCUAAGCGUCGAAACUAUGCGAACGCUCCCGUUGAAAGUGCUCAGCAGCCUGAACAAAAAUCAAAAUACACCUGUAGCGAGUGCGGCAAGCGUUAUGCCACGUCAUCGAACUUAUCAAGACACAAGCAAACUCAUCGCAGCCUCGAUUCGGUCGCAGCCAAGCGCUGCGGAGAAUGCGGCAAGGCUUACGUAUCGAUGCCAGCGCUCGCUAUGCACGUGCUUACUCAUCAACUCUCACACGUGUGCGGUGUUUGCGGAAAAUUAUUUUCUAGGCCAUGGUUGUUGCAAGGUCACCUCCGUUCUCAUACCGGCGAGAAGCCUUAUGGGUGCGCACACUGCGGCAAGGCAUUUGCAGACCGUUCAAAUUUACGUGCACACAUGCAAACGCACUCUGCCGAUAAGAACUUCGAAUGUUUGCGAUGCCACAAAACUUUUGCCCUCAAGAGCUAUCUCAACAAACAUCAGGAGUCAGCCUGUGUGCGCGACGGGGAAUCACCACCACCCGAGUCUCUUUCAGGCUCGCCUCCCACCAAUGAACCUACCACCGAAGCUACCACCGAUCCCGCCAUCACCACCUCCGUCAUAGCCAUCGGCUAACGCGCGGAAAAGCUGAAUGCAACCAGGGACCGUAUUCGUGUUGUAAGAUUUACACAUUAACCUAAAGUAUUAAUGAUUAUGAAUUUAGUUUAUUAGCGUAAUUAUUAUAAAUAUACAAAAUUCUAAAAUAGGUAGAGGCGCACGACCGGCCGCUCCGUGUCGUGUUGCAAUCGAGCAACGUUUCGCAAACAACGAAUCAUGUACGACCCCGUAGUACCGCGAUGCGGUGAUAGGCGAUAGAUAGCGACAAACGUCCUGUUAACGUUAACAUUGAAUUAUGUAUAUAAUUGUCGAUAAAAUAUACCCCUAUAUACAUAGAAUUAAUAAAAUACGGAUGAAACUAAUAUCUUUUGUAGGUGAUUUUUACAAACCGCGAUGUAGGUUAGAGUGUUUUAGAAAGUAAGGAAAAAUGUGGUGAAACUUGAAUAGAGUCUCGCGCACGAGCUCGUCGUAGUACGUGGACCGAGCACCCGUUGUCGGCGCCGCGUCGUCCAUCCCGGUGAGGAACUUGCCAAAACUUUCCGUCCGAAGCUCCUCACAGCCGUCGCUCGCACGCCGCCCGCGUCAGUGCCUUAGCGGCGACCACGCGCCGCACCAUCUGCGCCUUUCCACACCCACCCCUAACUUCCCUUCCCCAUUCCAAUACCCUAAAUUUCAUCCACAUUUUCUCUUUAUUAAUAAAUUUCGUACAUCACGCUCCUUCUUCAUCUUGGCACAUCUGAUUCAUUACAAAGCAAUUCAUUUUGCUGUUCCUGGUAACAUAUGAUGUGUUGAAUAUGAUAUUAUUAAUUUAAAUUUCAUAAAAUUGAUAGAAAUGGUUAUGGACGGGCGGCGAAGGUUACACGACGGCGACAGAGACGGACUUUGCCGCGUCAUUCAGCGAGCAUGCCUUUAGAUUGAGUGUGUUAUUAGGGUCAAGUCUAAUGUAACUGGCAAUAAACUAGUUUAGAUUAAGAUAGCAAUAAUGUUAGGUUAAUGAGGAGCACGAGGUGCUCGGAAGAAAUGGGUAUUCGAAAAGCAAUAAUAAUGUAGUUAUUAAGUCGCGCACCGCCGUCGAAAUGACGCAGCAGACUUAUAUUAUCCCCGUAGUGUUCCAUAGGUCUCGUAGAAGAGGAUCGCCGGCUACGUAGCGGUUGAACAGAAAUACAUCUUUUAGAUGCACAGUAGGUUUGGUGACCACACAUAGAGUUUCUCUACAUAGCCGAGAUUGACAUUAGAGUAUUAGAAGCCUUGCGAGUCAAUUGUUUACCCGUGAUUUUAAUUUAAUCCUGUCAAUUAUAAAUAACAUUCCUCUAAAAGAAAAGUUCCUGUAUUUUUAACAAACAUCCAAGUAGCAGUUGUUUAAAGGUUCGUAUUUCUUCCCAAACAUAGUCACACAUACCAAAGCGAUCCGUAUUAGAAAAUAAUUUAACAGAAAUGCCACUACUUUAUUCACUAAUAUUUCUUCAUAGUCAGAUAGGUACUUUUCUUAACUAUAGGAUUUCGGACAAAGGUGGCGCGUCAAAAGCAAUAUAAUGAUAAUGUAUAAGCAAUAUUAAUAUAGAAACUUAGUUUAUAUUCAUUAUUUAAAAAUAUUCGGUAGAUAUUUUUGGUGCUUUGAUGUACUUUAUAUACGAAAACUAAAAAUCGAAAUUAACAUCGAAUAUUGUAAUACAUUACAAAAAUGUGAUAUUGUUUUUCAAAAUUUUAUUAUUAUAUGUUAUUUAUUGUCUUCUUAAGUUACUUCUUCUAUAUCUCAUCUCCUUCGUGUACUCGUUUCUGUUGAAACUCUAAGCCAAUUUAGUAGAAUAGUUUUUAAACUCUUUAACGUAAUCCUUCAAAGUACCCUGUACCUUCAUAUAUUAUCUAGUCACCUCUUUUGUCUUUGUAGAUUAUGCUAAAAGUAUUGGCUUUUAAAAAAAAAAUCUUAAUCCAGAUAUUUUAUUCAAAUAUUUAUACUAACGUUAUUGUAGUUGUAGAAAGUCUACAUUUAAGAUAGUAUUAGCGAACAAUUAAUAUUGAAACCAAUUUAUAUACAAAAAUAUAUACCAAUAUUUUAAUGUAAAUAUUUCAUCGUGUACCAAAUUUCCUUCUUUACAAUAAUAGCGGUAGUAUUACGACUAUUUAUAGUAGUUAUUAAUAUUAAGAUUAUUAAAAUUAUUUUUCUCACCAAAUGAGACGAAUAGGAUACAUUCAUUGAUAACUCUGUAAAUACGAUAUGCAAUGAACGUGACAUUCCCUUCCGAAGUAUCUUUAGGUUCGUUUAAUUGAAACAAAAAUGAAAGUGAAAUAAUAAUCAUCAAGAUUGCCUUAUCUAUAAAGUUUACUCAAACUUAGUAGAUGUAGAUGUAUUCAGUAGAUCUUAGUUAUAAGUAGAAGUUUGAGUUUACUAAUAAACAGUUGAAGUCGUAAAGUGGAAACGCAAUGAAUGCUAAAUUAAAAUAAAACACAUUGAAAUAAUGUAGCGGUUUAGUGAUUAAUGUAAAGCGAUCAGUCUGUUUACCACAAGUUUGUGUCUACACACUACAUACUAAGCGUUCUCGUUUCUCAUUCAUUCAAUCAACAACGAGUAUAAUAUAAUAUGUAAAAAUUUGGACAUGAAAAACUGUUAAGUUUCUAGUGUGACGACGGAAACUUUGGUAAUCUUACUGACAAUGUUAAAAAAAAAUAUAUUAGAAAAACAUAAAUAAUCAUAACAUUAUCGAAUAAAAUAAUUGAUCUGCCAAAUCGUUAGCUUCUCAGAAUGUUUUUAUUUUAUUUCAUCAAAACAUUUGUCAAACUGAAAAGUACUACAUUCCCCAUUUCUUGAUAUCAGAAUAAUUUAACUGCAAAGCUCAGUGGUCUCCCAUUACUGUAUUAGUAAUGAUACGUAAUAAAUAUAACAAAACAUUCUUACUUCGAUACGACAAAUAUGAUUGUGCGAUGAACAACUUGUCGAAUGUAACUUUAAUCUAUUAGCGUAAACACAUACAGUGAUAUAUUUAAAAUAAGAUUGUCCAAAUUAGCAAUAUUCAAGCAAUAAUAAUACCUAUAGCAAUAAAACUCUAGGUCUAGUAUAAUGUCAAAUAACAAAGCAAUGUUAAGAUAGUCUAGGUCUUGUUUUAAUGUCAGUAAUUUAUAACCCAUAAGGUCAUUAGCAAGGUGAUAUUUUUAUUGCAAAAUGUAUUUUUUAUAAUAAUUAUUAUUUACGUGAUUGUAAUUGUUUUUUCUUUGAAUUGAAUUUAAAUUUUUUGUUCGAGUUAGUGUCAUCUACAACAUUUGUUAAGACAUCUUUGGUUGUAUACUUAAUUAUCUGAUAUUAUAAUAAGAUUUCGAUCGUAAUUACCUAUCACUUACCGGAUCUUUAUUAAUUAGGAGAGGAGCUAAAAUUUUAUUUAAUUAUUUACGUAGUUUGUAAGGCAUUAAAACAACGAGCGCAAUAAUAACGAAGUUGACAACGAAUCAUUUCGCCCCUUUGGGGGAUGGUGAAAUUUAUUUAAUUAUAUAGACAAAAAUUAAAUUCCAUGAAAUAAAUUAUCGCGAAACAUUAUUUUGUUUUUUCGUCGAUGCAGUAUUAUUUUGAUAACCUGGUUAUUUUCAUAAUAAUUAUUUAGAAUUUAUAUAUAAAAAAAAAAUAAAAAAAUUUAUAUAAAAAGACAUCAGUUAUGUCAAUUAGGUGUUAAAAUAAUAAAAUGUGGCGAUUAAUUAAUAAUAUUCGAUUGAAUAGUACGCAUUGUUGUGAAGACAGUAACAUUGAUGAACAAAAAACACCUUAUGUUAAUAAAUAAAGAUUUGAAAUCGAGAAGAACAGCUGCUAUUAGUUACAAUCAUAGAGACAUCAUAACGAUAGCUCUAGUAUCGGUCACUUAAGUGAUUCGUAUUAGUAUGUGAAUAUGAUUAGAAGUAUAAGACAAAUAUAAGCACGAUUUAAAUUUUUUUCGUAAUGGAAAGGAGUUAAUAUGUUUUUUUUUUUAAUAAGACAGAUCAUUAAAUUUAGACCAUUCAUUUGCUACAAAACCCUCCACCUAUAUCAAUUGUAACUUUUAAAUGUAAAAGUCUCGAUAAGGCUAAUAAAAUUUGCCGUGAUGUCAUAAUGCUUGCAUUCUAAAAUAAUUUCGACUAAGUUUAUUUUAUAUGAUAAUUAAUAACCGGUUCAUAAUUGUUUAAUAACCGUAACUGUAAAUAUAAAAAAAAAUAUCGUGUCUGCGCAAAUAAUAAAAAUAAGUACCUUUUGACACUAGCGGUUUUUUUUUUGUAUUCUACUGUCUUGUGGCAACCGAUGUAGCCGCUUGAUUGAACUAGCAUCAAAAAAUAUGAAACAAAACAAAAACCGCUAGUAUGAGAAUACCAUCAAAUGUCCAUUAGCAUCAAUAAUAUUAUAAUCUACAUUAAGAAAAAAGUACAAUAAUAUGCAAUAGCUUCAUUGCAACAUGUCUUUUUCAGUGUAUUAAUACAAGAAAGUAACAGAUAAAUAAUAAAUCUCAGAACUCCAUUCACCAUUCAAUUAAUGUAAUACAUUAAAUAAGCAAAUAAUUUUAGCUAUGUUAAGUUAUUUUCUUAUUUCUUAUUAAUUAUAAAUACGUUUAUUUUAAUGUCAAUUUGUAUCCUAGUCCUCUUUGUCGUAGCUUGUAGAGUAUCUUGAUAAUUUCAAUGGUAGUGUGUCAAUUUUUUCAAUUAAAUCCUUCCUAAUAAUCAAUUAUUAAUACCUGAUGUACCUACUAAUUUAUAAAUUAAGUGAAUUGCAUGGAUUAUAAUAUAUAUAGUAAGAUUAGUUAACAGUACCUUAUGGAUAAGAACCAAAACUACCGGAGCGUGUUUACUAUAGUUUAAAUAGAUUACUUUAACAUUUAAUGUGAGUAAAACUUCCCCGAUUGUAAAGAAUAACAUUUGAAUAUUUCAACAACAAUGUUCAGAUAAUUUAUGUUUCCUACUAAUCGAAUUACCACCAACAAUUAUAACUUUAAGUACCUAGGGUCCAUGCGUAGUCUUGUAGACCAUGUUUAAUUUUCAUAAAAGCUUGGCCAUGCGCUACAUAUAGUCAACCAUGUAGCGAAAUACAUUAUGAAAACGUUGCUGAACUAUUAAAGUAUAUGCACAAAUAUUCUGAUUUUUACAAACACUUUCCUUGAUGGCGUAAUAUAACCAAAAUUAUCCUGUUCAAAUCCAAUACUGGCAGUGAUUCAGUGACACUUAUAAUAUAUUUUUCUUGAUAAUGAUGAAUAUUGAUGAGUGAUGACAAUAUUAAAAAAAAAUUACAUCCACAUUUACGUUUCCCAUUAAGUAUUACGUUUUCAACAAGGUGUUUGAAUUAAAAUUAGUUCGAAAUAAUUUAUGUAUUAUUGUAAUAACACGUAGAUUUAUUUAAGUGCUUUGAUUUUUUUCUCUUACAAAUAAACACUACUGUACUC